CGGCGUCCCGCCCCGGCCGCGGCCGCCCCGCCCCGCCGCGGCCUCCCCUCGGCUUCCGGCCGCCGGGGGCCGGUAACAAUGCGCGGGCCGGCGGCCGGGACCGGCCAUGGCGGUGAAUUACGCGGCCGGGCUCUCCCCCUACUCAGACAAGGGCAAGUGCGGCCUCCCCGAGAUUUUUGACCCCCCCGAGGAGCUGGAGCGGAAGGUGCAGGAGCUGGCAGACUUGAUCAGGAGUUCCUCCAAUGUGGUGUUCCACACUGGGGCUGGCAUCAGCACUGCCUCAGGGAUUCCUGACUUCAGGGGGCCCAAUGGUGUCUGGACAAUGGAAGAGAAGGGGCUGUCCCCCAAAUUUGACACCACCUUUGAGAAUGCCAGGCCCUCCAAGACUCACAUGGCACUGCUGGGGCUGCAGAGAGUUGGCAUCCUGAAGUUCCUGGUCAGCCAGAACGUGGAUGGGCUUCACGUGCGCUCCGGAUUCCCACGGGACAAGCUGGCCGAGCUCCAUGGGAACAUGUUUGUGGAGGAGUGUGUGAAGUGUGGCAAGCAGUACGUGCGGGACGCCGUGGUGGGCAGCAUGGGGCUGAAGCCCACGGGCAGGCUGUGCAGCGUCACCAAGGCCCGAGGCCUGAGGGCAUGCAGAGGGAAGCUAAGGGACACCAUUCUGGACUGGGAGGACGCCCUGCCCGACCGCGACCUGACGCUGGCAGACGAAGCCUGCAGGAAAGCUGAUCUCUCUGUCACCCUGGGCACCUCCCUGCAGAUCAAACCCAGCGGCAACCUGCCGCUGAUCACCAAGAAGCGAGGGGGGAAGCUGGUCAUAGUCAACCUGCAGGCAACCAAACACGACAGGCAGGCUGACCUGCGCAUCCACGCCUACGUGGACGACGUCAUGACGAAGCUGAUGAAGCUGCUGGGGCUGGAGGUGCCGGAGUGGGCAGGGCCGGUGGUGGUGGAACGUGCUGAGCUCAUCAGACCUGAGCAGCUCUUCAAAUGGGACCCCGGGGCGCAGGGGCUGCUGAAAGAGGAACCCCCCCUCCCCCAGCACAACGGCACGGGGGGGCUGUGCCCUGGCCUCGGGACCGCGCUGGGGGAGCGCCGCGAGAGCCUGAAGCAGGAAUGCCCCAGCCCGGACACGGGGCCAGCGGCGGUGAAGAAGAUGAAGGUGGAGCCUCUCCUCACCUGACCCAGACUGUUCCCUCUCUCUCUGUGCCACUUUUCCUACCGACUGUUUUUUAUGUCCUCAACCAUUGUCCUGUUUUUUUAUGUGAGUAUCAAACACACCUGAGCCGCCCAGGGCCUGGCAAGAGCCUUCUUGGGCAUGGCUCAGCUGGAUGAAGGAUCCCCCACAGGAGAUGGCUGUGGGGCCCAGCAGACCCCAGAGGGGCAGAGCCUGGUGCUGGGGCAGUGGUGCUUAGGGGUCAGUGGGGCAGCUGAUGCCAUCUCAGAUGAAGCUGGGGCUGGGUGGUGGUUGGGAUGAGCUGAUGUGAUCUGGCUGGGAGCUGCCUGCAGAGCCCAUCCUGGUUGUGAUCUGGUGCCAUGGGAGAACGUUGCUGGGUGGUGGAGAGGACAGGGACUGGUGCUGGCUGACUCCUGGCUGGGAGCUGUGGGAUGGUGCCCCAGUCCCACUGCUCCUCCCUCUGCCUCCUCCUGUGCCUACUGCUCUGGGGCAACCCCAGGCUGGGUCUGGCCCCCUGUCCCAGCUCAGCUCGUGGCAGCUGGGCCCAAGGUGUUCCUGGCCCAAGGGUCCUUGCAAGCUUGUGGCUCUCCCCCUGUCACACCACAGCAGGUGGCUUUUCUCCAAAACACCUUGUAUUUCCAGAUCAAAAUAAAGCUUAAAAAAACCCAAACCAAAAC